CUGAGUAAGUACUAAAAGACAGCAUUUUUCCGGAAGCCAGGAAGUCAGAAUUUGUACUACUCCGAGCAGAACUUGUAUAUUUCAGCUGUAAAGUCACAGCAAAAAGUGUAUACAGUGAAACUAUACUGUUAGUUUAAUAACCGUAGCUAGGUUAGCAUUAGCCGUCAACGAUGGACAAGCUUCGCCGUGUGCUAAGCGGCCAAGAGGAGAAUGAAGAGCUGGGUUUAACUGCACAGGUCCUUGAUGCCAGCACUCUCAGCUACAGCACCAGGUUGAAAUGGUUCGUCAUAUGCUUUGCUGCGGGCAUCCUUUGCUCAAUCCUCGGUACAGCACUGCUGUUCCUUCCAGGUGGAAUCAAGCUUUUUGCCGUCUUCUACACACUAGGGAAUAUUGCAGCUCUUUCCAGCACGUGUUUCCUAAUGGGACCCUUAAAACAACUGAAGCGCAUGUUUGAGCCAACAAGACUGAUAGCAACUAUUGUUAUGUUGCUCUGCCUUGUCUUAACGCUUUGCGCAGCAUUUUGGUGGAAUAAAAGGGGGCUGGCUAUCAUCUUCUGCAUCCUGCAGUUUUUGGCAAUGACAUGGUAUAGCAUCUCUUACAUACCAUUUGCCAGGGAUGCUGUGAUGAAGUGCUUCACUACCUGUCUGAGUUAGGACUAAGUCCAUAAUUUCACAUGAAGAUUGGUCCUAAUAUGCAAACUGCAGCAAUGGUGGCUCUGUUUAUACAGCUAUGAUGGUUAUACACUUUAUCUUCAGAAUUUUACUUUUCAGACUCUUUCAUACUGUGAAAACUUGCUUUUUAAGUCUAGCUAAAGAUCUACAACUGCAAUAAGAUUAUUGCACGUUACACUUUCCUUUUCUUCUUCAUGUGGGUGAAGUGAAUGCCUUUAAUGGCUAAUAUAUUUAAAGAUAUUCCUAUAUUUCCUGUAUAUUCAUAUACCUAUUAAAUGCAGGGAAAUUAUUGUGUGCACAUUGCAAUUUACAAUUCUGUAAACACGCCAUGCAGACAGAGUAUUUAACAUUUUUGAUGGAUGUAAAGUUUGGAUUUUUAAAUUUUCUAAUCGCUCAUACAACAAUAUUAAAGCACAUUUUCUUUGCCUGCUCUGUAUAAAAUAUCUCAGAUACUAAUCGGUCUUUUUAUGUAUUGAUUUUUCUCUAAGUCUGUGAACAUAUAAUAGCUCCAGUGGGUUCUCCUGGAUCUAGCCUGUUAAAGAUAAACAGAGACAUCCGCUGUCUAGUCUCUUUCACGUCUGAAUCUGUGUCUGAAUACACCUGCCCCCCCCCCUUAGAGAAUCAAAUUACAUUAUAAAAUAGGUUCUCUCUUUAAAUUUGAUUUCCUGCCAGAUGUACAUUGACCUAGUUAAUUACGCUUUUUUGAGCAUUGUGAUUUUGACGUGACCUAAUAACCCACUAUAGCUUGCAUUGGGAUCCCAUAUUCCCUCGGCAUGAUGGCAUAGCCUUCGAGGAUGCGGUUGUCAUGGCAACCUCCUCUAGAAGAAUCAUAACCUCAGCCUACCCCCAUCUGUGGUGCAGAUGUUCACAUUAUCCUGCUGAAUAGGUGUACUUCAUUCACUGAAUACCUUGAACCAGGAGUCAGUCAUGAUCUCCUCCAGCGUUUGCUUUUUUAAAAAAAGUUAUAAAAAAAUUAUAUUACGGCAGUUUUAUACAUUGAUUGCCACAUUAAGAAAAGCCCCCGUGCUCUUCCGUUAGCUGCAGGAUUUGCUCAAGAACAUUCCUGUAGGUUGUUUUGUACUUGAUGCUCAUAAAUAACUUCAUCAUUUCCUGUUGAGAGACUUUACACCAAUCCCUAACAUGCAACCCCCACAUAGUUUCAUUAGAUUGUAUAAUAUGGUGGCGGAUUAGCAUAGACAAAAUCUCCCCUCAGCAGUCCUUGUUCAACUUACUUGGCAGAAAACCAGCAAAUCCCUAAGCACUAUAUUACUCUAAGUAAUCUGAGAGAUGCAUUCAUUUACGAUGUUUUGUUUAACAAAGGCAAGGUAUAGUGGGUUUUUUUAUAUACGCUUUGUCAUUGCAAAUAUUUUUGGGCUUAUGUGUAAAAAAAAAAAAAAAAAAAAAAAAAAAAAAAAAUUGAGGGUGUACCUGACUUCAACAAUCUGUGAUGUUCAAACUGUUUCAUUUUCAUUACCUCUAAUCCAUUGUUAUGUCAGAGGGGAAAGGGAUCCCACGCCGGAGCAAACACUAAAAUUAAACACCCCAUUUCCUCUUCAGAUUAAUUCUCUUGUUCAUCUGGUAAAGCAAGGGUAAUUUUCAUUCUGUUUAUACACUCCAUGAGGCUGGGGAAUGUUGGAUUAAAGUGAUUGUUUUGUACAAGGUCUCUUACUAUUUAUAGCUUUAGGAGAAGAAAGGGUUGUGCUUGCUGUGUGGUGUGUCAUUCUCAUCUCAGAGUGUUUAAAAUAAAACAUAAGCUUUGUG